UAAGCUUCAAGUUCCAACGGUGAAGCGAGGACGGAGAACGAACGAAACUUUACUGGCGCAGCACGACAGGAUCGGCAAGCCCCACAACGAGCAACGAGCAGCGAGCCAGGCGCAAGGCAUCAGAGGGCUACCAGCCAAUUCCGCAACGGUUGCAAUUCAUCUGGACGAGGACGUCAGGCGGCGCCCCCAGCAGCAACGGGUGAGCGGGAUUCCUUGCGUUUUGUCUAGGUUGGCAUGGCUGUUGUUCAGUGAGGUUAAUGGUGUUCACGCGCAGAACAGCAAAUGCGAGUGAGGCUAACGUAAACAUUGAUACGGCAUCUGAACAAAGAGAGGGUCAGAGACGGCAGGAACUACAACGCAUCGGAGAGACCGAGUCUGAGACGUCGGAUACUGAAAUGGAUAGUGAGACGCAAGGCGCUUCGCAGGCUCCGAGCACGACAGAUCCAGAGGCCAUGGCGGUGAGACGCCUGGAGCUGGAGCUGGAAAAGGUGCGCCUACAGCUAGAGUGCGAGCGCAUUGCUCUACGGAGAGUGGAGCUCGAGCAGUCGAGCAGGCCGCCUUCGGUGUCGGAAGGAAGCGAUCGGCGCGGUGCCAUCACGGAUGGAAUAGCACAAUGUGCUAAAGUGCUUAAGGCAUACCGGUUGCCGUGUGACGCUGACGUUCCGAUAUGGUUUGAUGAGGUCGAAAAGUUGUUUACAUCUUUUCAAGUACCGGCACAUAGCCGGGUACAUUUGAUCAUGCCGGCGCUGGCCGAGCGGGUUCGUUAUCUGUUGCGUGGCCUUAAUGACGAGGAAUGUACAGAUUAUGAGACUGUAAAGAAGGCAGUAUUAGAUGAACUUAAGCUCACGCCAGCUAAAUACUUGGAGAGGUUUGAGAAGGCAUCUAAACGAAAGGAGGAAACUUGGGCUCAGUUCGCGUCCCGCGCUAGAACCUAUUUGGCCUAUUACCUUCAGUCUCGCACUGCAAACACCAAAGAAGCUAUGACGGAGCUUAUGGUCGCUGACCGUAUGAAAGCUAGUCUAAGCUCAGAAGCCCUAGAAUAUGUUCUUUUGCGGGAAGGCGAAGAUUGGUUUAAGCCAGUGGAGGUGGCGAAAGUGCUCGAGACUUUCGAGCAAGCUAAAGGGAAAGGACGAGCAACUAAGCUAGCCUCAACAGCCUCAUUGCCGCAGCACGCAAAACUAGCUGGCCCGCAGAGGACAAAUUUAAGAUGCCACGUGUGUCAUAUACAGGGUCACCUAGCCAGAGACUGCCCAAAAGCUUCAGAUAAAGAACCGCAGGGGAAGCCACCGACUGUGCAAAAACAAAGGGUACAGAAGGUUGCUGUUGUAAGUGAAGAACCUCCACCAGAGCAAGAAAGGGUGCUAAGCGCUAGAGUACAUGUCGUAGCUCAAAAUGCUAGCUCGGGGAGGUCGAAGCUGGACCUAAUCCCUAUCAUGUGCGGGGAUAUAGCAACGGAAGCUGUGUUGGACACAGGUAGUGAGAUAACGGUAGUCCGUAAAAGUAUGUUGCCCAUCGAUUUACAGGAGCCAUCACGAACAGUAAGACUUGAGUCGGCAUUCGGAAACACCAUUCGAGCUAAGCUAGCUACGCUGCCCGUAGGCAUGCAUCGCCCGGGGGCUGUGAUACAACCGCAGAGGAUCGAUCUGGUGUGCGCGGUUACCGACGAACUUGCAAACGGGGUUGACUGCCUGCUGUCAAAGGAAGAUUGGGAACUACUACGGGCGCAGGAAAAAGAGGAGUUUGGAGAGGAAAAUAUUCCGCGGGCAGGGGUCCGAUCAGUCGAAAUGGUCGAUAACACUGAGCCGGACUGCGGUCUAAGUUGCGAAGAAACGACAGAUGAAAUCCCUAAAUUGCAAGGGAAUAGUUUGAUGCAGGAUGUCAAUGGGGUGCCCAGUCAGCGGGAGCUAGAACUAACCGAGAGUGUAGCUGAGUUGACAGGCACCGAGUGCCAGAGCAAAUAUGCUCUAGUUUACGAUAGGAGGGCACGGACAAAAGAAUUUAAUGUCGGGGACCAAGUACUCCUCUUUGACACAGGUUGGGCACUCAAGAAAUUUGACUACUGGCUUUUCGGAGCAGUGGUGAAUGUUGUCUCUGAUCAUAACCCAUUGUCAUAUUUGACAACCAGCACCCCCCAGGGGGCCAAGUUAGCAAGAUGGGCGCUUUCACUACAGCGCUACAAUGUAACGGUGCGUCACCGGAAAGGAACAUGUAACGCCAAUGCUGAUGCAUUGUCAAGGCUCUCGAAUCGUUCGUGGGAGCCAAUCGAGUAAAGAGCAGGAAAGAAAGGAUAGACAGAAACAGCCAUGCCAGCUGGGACAGGCGUGAAUGUUCCCGUUCACCCGAAGGAUGUGUGCGUGGGACAGUUCAGCCUUGGUGGAACUUUCUGUGGCUGUUGUCGUCUAUGUGUGUGAGGGUUAUAAGACUAUGGACAUACUAUGUAUAUAACCUGCAUAUGUUACUUUACUGCUGUUGUGCCGUGCAGUGCGUUGGAGUGUUCCUGUACAUACAUGAG